GAGUUAAAUAAGAGUGAAAACAGUUGAGGCGUGUGUCUUAUAAAUAAACGAUAAUCAUCUGAAAAAAAAGAGGUGGCAUAGAUUUCAACAACUCUCCUCUUCUUAUCUCUCUCUCUCAUUAACGAAACAACUCAAAGAUCUCCAAUGGAUCCUUACAAGUUUCGUCCAUCAAGUGCUCAUAAUUCUCCAUUUUUCACAACAAAUUCUGGUGCUCCUGUUUAUAACAACAAUUCAUCACUCACUGUUGGAACUAGAGGUCCAAUUCUCCUUGAAGAUUAUCAUUUGGUUGAAAAGCUUGCUAAUUUUGACCGUGAGCGCAUUCCUGAGCGUGUUGUACAUGCUAGAGGAGCUAGUGCCAAGGGUUUCUUUGAGGUUACCCAUGAUAUUUCUAACCUCACCUGUGCUGACUUCCUUCGAGCUCCAGGAGUUCAGACCCCUGUCAUCGUUCGUUUCUCCACUGUUAUCCAUGAGCGUGGAAGCCCUGAAACCCUGAGAGACCCUCGAGGAUUUGCAGUGAAAUUUUACACCAGAGAGGGUAACUGGGAUCUAGUGGGUAACAAUUUCCCUGUAUUCUUCAUUCGAGAUGGAAUGAAAUUUCCUGACAUGGUCCAUGCUCUCAAACCCAACCCGAAGUCCCACAUUCAGGAGAACUGGAGGAUCAUGGACUUUUUCUCUCACCACCCAGAGAGCUUGAAUAUGUUUGCCUUCCUCUUUGACGACAUCGGUGUUCCACAGGAUUACAGGCACAUGGAUGGGUCUGGUGUCAACACCUAUAUGCUCGUCAACAAGACUGGCAAAGCACACUACGUGAAGUUCCACUGGAAACCAACCUGUGGUGUCAAGAGUUUGCUUGAGGAUGAAGCCAUCAAGGUUGGUGGGGCUAACCACAGCCAUGCUACCCAGGAUCUCUAUGACUCUAUCAAGGCUGGAAACUAUCCCGAAUGGAAGCUUUUCAUCCAGACAAUUGACCCUGAUCACGAGGACAGGUUUGAUUUUGAUCCACUUGAUGUGACAAAGAUCUGGCCAGAGGACAUCCUACCCCUUCAGCCAGUGGGUCGGAUGGUCCUCAACAAGAAUCCUGACAACUUCUUUGCAGAGAAUGAACAGCUUGCCUUUUGCCCUUCCAUUAUAGUCCCUGGUAUCUACUACUCGGAUGAUAAGCUGCUUCAGACCAGGAUUUUCUCAUACUCAGAUACUCAGAGACACCGUCUCGGGCCAAAUUAUCUCCAGCUUCCAGUCAAUGCUCCAAAGAAUGCUCACCACAACAAUCACCAUGAAGGUUUAAUGAAUUUCAUGCACAGGGAUGAAGAGGUCAAUUACUUCCCCUCGAGAUUUGACCCUGUUCGCCAUGCCGAAACGUACCCCAUCCCACCAGCUGUCUGCAACGGGAAACGUGAUAGGUGUAUUAUCGGAAAGGAGAACAACUUCAAACAGCCUGGUGAGAGAUACCGUUCCAUGACACCAGACAGGCAAGAGAGAUUUCUCUGCCGAUUUGUUGAUGCCUUGUCAGAUCCAAGGGUCACCCACGAAAUCCGCAGCAUCUGGAUCUCAUACUGGACUCAGGCUGACAGAUCUUUCGGUCAGAAGCUCGCAUCUCGUCUCAACGUGAGACCAAGCUUUUGAGGCUGAUGAUAGGACAGACAGACGUCUGAGAGAGAGGGAGCGAAUUGUAGAAAAUGGAGCCUGGUGUCAAGUCGCUGAAACCCAAAAAUGAUGAAAAUCCAAAUUCAUAUAUAUGUUAUGUGUACUUUUUCUGUAAAACAAAGAACAUCUCAAGUCCUCUACUCUGCUAAUGAUGAUGAGAUUACUAUGGAACAAGUCAUGUAAUAAUAAUAGUACCAAUAAAUUGCAGUUUGAUGCUUGCAAAUUAAAAUAGAUUUAGUUUAUUCUGAAA